AUCUACCGGUACUCAGUAGAAUCCGUCCCAAAGAAAUGGGGGGCGGAGUAGAUUUAAAACUCCCACGAUUGAGGAAGAUCCAACGCUGACACCAAACCAAGACGCAACAUAAUCGUGAACAUCGAGCACAAUUAUUGACCUGCACCGUGCCAUGACAGUGCUUGAAAGCUGAAGCCGUACAAGAAGAGUAAAAAACAAAGCUUUGUCGCUUCUGGAGCAUGAGGAAAUUGAAAGUAUUGCCGCUGUGGGUGUUGGUAUCUGCUCACGCGGUGAAAGGCGGGAUAUCCCACCUGCCAAUCGCCACUACAUGUAGUGCCAAAGCCAACGGCUCGGACAUGGACGUGAAGUCGCAACAGGGGGAAGACGCUACUGCACCACUUGGACUUGCUCUUAAUAACGAAGGUGACAUACCGUCAAAGACAGGCAGUGGAUUUGGACCUGCCCUAAUUUCCAGAUUUGGCCGUCCUCUAGCCGAGUUUGGACGUGACGUUGCCCUGGGACAGUCGGUCGACUAUCGCGAGAUUUUCCAAAGUGGGGGUGCCGCCGAAUUGCUAUUUUCGGGAGCCAUGUUUCUUCCAGCUCGUCUCCUCCGCUCGAGUUUGUUGGGUUGGGCGGUCGCCGAGGCUAUCGACAGACGGGGAUAUUAUUUCUACAAAGGUGAUUGGAACCGCAAAAAGAAGGAAAGCAAGGGGAAGCGCUACAAGAGAGUGACUACGGAAUAUCGAACGACCAAGACCGUGACAAAGGGUUUAAUUACAGAGUCUGAGGAUCCAGAUUUCGAGUUUGAGAAGCGGCGCCCUGCUGCAGGCAUUCAUCCGCAAAGCAAAAAGGCUCCGCCCACCAGCACUGUGGAAACGUUUGACGCACUCGUUCCGGAAAGCCAAAAGUCGACAAAUCUCCUUGCCAAGUCGGAUAAAGAACGCAUUGUCGAGGGGUUCGAAUGGAAGGAACGUGGAGGAAAGCGGUACAAAGUACGACGCAAAAAGAAGAAGAAAAAGAAGCUUUCCAUUGCUUGGACACGCAAGAACCAGUUUGCAGUUUUGUGGGCUUUGGGACAUGUUUUCUCUCCCUUGCUUUGGCUGACACCAAUUGGAGGUUGGCUUGGAGUUCUUUUCGUUUCUGCCGAAUUGGUUCAGCGGGUGGAAUUGAAGGACAAUGAGCUUUUCGGAUUGAUCGAGCCUUUUCGCGGCGACCCGGUGAAAGCUGUCCUAUUUGGAUCGAUUGUCGGGGCAGUGAUGUCAUUCUAGAGCAUGCAGCUUCAGAUUGUUUGUGGGGCCAGUUGCUUGGUAAUUUGGUAAUUGUUGAAAUGGGGGCAACAGGGUGACGAUGUACGUUAUGAGCCUUGCUCUUAGUGGUGGUUCACUUGAAUCUACAUUUUCCGGUACCGGUAGAUUGAGGGAUCCCAGCAGAUUACACUGUACCUCUACUGUCCACUAUCUGAAGGAACUGCAUACGGUAUCCCAAAAAGCGAGGUAGGACUGUUUGCCGCUUUGUUUGGGCUACCAGGUCCGGUAUCUGGGAACCAAUCACUUCCAUAAGUGCUUUGCGCAAAGCACUUGCUUGAAAGGCUACCGGUGUGAACACCGUGUUCUGCCAUUAGACGGAUCCACAGGGCCCCUAAGCCUUCCUAGCUACCGUAGGCUCGCUAUUUGCAUUGCAUUAUUAUU